ACAGAGUCAGGGAGCCUGGCCUUGCCAUUAGAGACAGGUGCCUAGAUCCCCGGCUCCUCAUCAGGCUGAGGUGUGGACCUGCCGCCUUGACCAUUAGCCUCUUGUCUGGGUUCUUCAACUAUUGCUUGGAUGAGUAUUGAAUACUGGAAAAGGACCAGCAGUCUGUACAACCCCAGUAUGUCACUAACACCGUCUACAGAUUUGAGCUCCAGCAGCAGCAGCAGCCACCACAAAAUCAAGUCUAAAAAAGUCGGUUCAGGCAAAGCCUCCUCAUCAGCAGAGGCUUCUGCUGGGAAGCUGGGAGGUGCAGUCCAGAAAGAACCAACUGAAACACCUUCAGAUGAGAUGGAGCAAAUUGCAAACAACCCUUUUAGGCUGCCCAGCAAUAUUGACUUCUUUUUGCUCAGAGAUAAGGCAAAAGAAAAGAUUCUGCUGGAAAAGAAGAAGCCACUGAAAAUCUAUCAGAAGUUGACCCACACUUCCAGGAUGAACUCAAAACAAUCAGAUUUCAAAAAAGCGAUACAACGUGAAGAAGAGGAAGAAGAGCAGGCGAUUGAAGAUAACAGCCAAAGGCUCCAUGACCUCCAUAAAAAAAUCCGCUGGAGGAUCCCUAUAUAUACAGGAGGCUGUCUCGACAAAGUGGACAUUCACAACUACAUAGACCAGAAGCGCCAGCUGUUUCUACUCGAGUUUAUACUGGAGGUAAAGAGAGAUGAGAUCCAGAAGCUGGACUUGCUGAUGGCCAAAGAGGAAGAAAGGUUCAAUAGAACAGAGAAGUACCUGGAGAAAGAUGCAGCCAUGUUUGAUGAGUUCCUGAAAGAGAAUGACCGCAACUCCGUUAUGGCCUUGAAAACGGCUGAAAAAGAGACUAAAGCCAAAAUGGUGAAGAUUAAUGAAACUCGUGAGCUUAAUGCACAGGUCAUGGCCAUGAAGAGCGAAAUUGCCAAAUUAGAAGAAACUUUGCAGGAGUACCGGUCAUACCAACAAUUCCUCUACAAGCUGUCACCCAGGGAAUGGUUAAUCGAUCAUGAAAGGAAGCGUUUGGCAGCCAAGGCAGCCAAACAGAAGCUUGAACUUCCAAAGCAAAAGCUGCAGCCUCUUCCUAGCGUGUACAAAGUUAAAAAGGAAGCAGAGGGGGAAGAACGGGAGAUUCAGAAGAGGCAAAGAACAAAUAAGAUGCCUCCUUACACAGUCAGCUUGCCAGCUGUGCCUCACAUUGGCAGUAGCUUGACUGAAAAAACAACCAACCAGAUGCAUCAAGAAUUUCUCCGUGGUGCCCGGGUGCCACCCAAACAGAGUAUACGCACGCAGUCUAUCAGAAAACAAAGUACUCUGGUCAAGAAUCAACCUGAAACCCAGGAAUCAAUCAAUUCUGAAAGUGAAGAUGAGAUUCUGGAGUUGUAUUUCACUGACCCUCAGCAGCUGCUGAACAUCUUCAAAGAGCUAGAGGAGCAGAAUCUAUCCCUAAUCCAGAAUUCCCAGGAGACAGAAGAAACGCUAGAUGAGAUCCAGCAAACCCUGGUCAACACCCGGAUCAAAAUGGAUCGUGAGAUAGACCAGCUAAAGCAGCUGGCCAACACCCUGAAAACAUCCAUCUUAAAAGAGGAAGAGAUCGCAGCCGAUCUGGAGCUGAAGUCCCGUGUCUUUUCCUUUGGCGAGUAUAGAGCAGAGCACCAGGAUCGAAUGUUGGACAGUCUGAACAAAAAGGUGGCUGAGGUGUAUCGCCAGUGUGUUGGGGAAAAUGAGUCCAAUCUGGGUACCCUACAAAUGCUUGCAGUUAUUGAACACCAACUGGAUGACUUGUUGGAAUGCCUGGAGAAAGUGCCCCAAUCUAAGAUCGAACAGGCUGAAAAAGUCAAGGAGAAGGAACGAAGGACAAGGAUGAGAGAGGAUAAACUCCGAAUACAGAGACAACUGCAGGAGGAGAGACUGCAGCGAGCACUGGCCAGAGCCCAGGCAGACGUAAAGAAAAAGACUGGCAGACGACUUACCUAUCGCUCAGAGCCCCAUACACUCAAACGGAAACCACAAUCAAAUCACAGCUUCAGGGAUAAGGAGAAGGAAGAACAAAUAUUUUACUUUUCUUAAACCUCCACACGCAAAUGAGAGUUGGCCAAGUAGCCAGUCUAGCUUUACUCUAAUAAAACGAGUGUUUUACUGCCUAAAAAA